CUCCCAAGUCGCGUAUCAACAGUUCAAACACGUCUUCCCAGCUCACCUCGCACACUUCAAGCAAUUGGGCAAUAUGGCAUCUCGGAGGGUCAUUGCCGACUCUGACGACGAAGAUGAGGGGCUCAGUCCCAUCAAGGCCUUUGCAGAGUUCGAGGCGCACGAUCCGCGACUUGACAUGGAGCCGCUUAGCCCUCAGCAUCAACCUGCAGGGCCUAUUCUGAGGCAACCCUCAUUGCUGGCGGUGGCAAAUGCUCAAAAUGACACAUCUGGCUCCACAGAUCCUUCAUUCUUCGCCAAUAUCUUCGAUGAGCAGCAGGACAAAGCCAUGCAGCAGUCUCAUCUCAUUGAGAACAUCGUACGCCUCAGUCAAAAGGCCAGCGCAGGUAGUCGGGAUGUUUCAUCGCCCGCCAACGGCAAGGCAAAAAGCAAAGGCAAAAAAACGCCGGUCAAUGCAAGUUCUACUGCCACAGACAUCACCAGCCCUUUGGUUCUGAAGAAACCGGGGCCCAGAAAGAGCCAACUGGUUCAGAUGAGUGAUGCAACAGAGUUUACCACCCCCCGGAAAAGUGCAGGCAAGGAUCAAUGGGACAUACCAAGCAGCGAUGAUGAACAUGGCAAAACAGCAAAGAAAGGUGUUAGAGAAUCAGAUUCCAACGCGGAUGACUCCAGCAAGUUUUACGUUGCUCCAAGCAGUCUCUCGGCAAGUCAAAGACGUCAAUAUCGAAAAGUGCAAAUUUCGGGUUCGCACUCAGGUCACUCGACUAUUCCUGACUCAGCUGCUCUGAUGCAGCCACAUUCAAAUCACAAGUCAAGUUGUGCAACAACUGUCGCAGUCUCGACACCAAGCAGAUAUGCUUCUUCCGGACCGCGACCCCCAUGGGAGAUUGAGCAAGCGGCGGAUGUUAGAAGCGAAGCUGCUGCGAUUAACUUGACCUUGUCGUCACCUGAUGCUAUCACAGCAGUUGGCAGUAAUGCUCAGGAAGAUCAAAGCCCGGUCAGACGUUCAUCCGUCAAAAGAAAGAGGUCUACGGCACGCGAUGACGCUGACGAGCUGGGCGAAGAUGGCAUCUUCGAAGAUAAUAUUAGUGAUCUGGACCCAGAAUUUGAUCCUGGCGACCGCCAAACGUCUAAGAAAGCGAAGAAGGCAGCCAAUUCUUCAAGCGUGCCAGUCGUAGAGCCCAAAAAGCGCGGACGUAAGAAGAAGCAGCCCAUUGUUGAAAAACCUUCUGGUGAAGAACAGGCAGAAGAUACUGGAGCAUCAGUGACAGCUAUGCCUGAACCUGCAGCAGACGUCCAGACUCCAGAAGAGAAACCAAAGAAGAAAAGAGGUAGGCCUCGAAAGUCAGAUGUUGCGAAGCCUGUGGAAGUGUCAGAUGAGCCAAUGCCUGCCCCUGAGCGAUCUGCCGGGAAGACGACGAAGUCUGCGUCUGCCGAAAACGGCCUAGUCGAGGACGGAAGUACAACAAUUGAAGAUAGCUGGAAGCAGCCGGUCGUUGAUGCGUCUACAGACUCAAAGAAUGCACAACCGAAACCCACCACUGACAAGACUGUAACGAGGGAUGUAUCACCGCUCAAAGAAGCUGAUCGCAAUAGUCUCCUCGCGUCGCAAUCAACCAUUUCAGAGUCUAACAAGUCAAUAUCUAAGUCAAUGACUCCAUCGCAAGCAGGCAAGGCUAUCUAUCGUGUUGGGCUGAGUAAGAAGUCGCGAAUAGCGCCCUUGCUCAAGAUCAUUCGAAAAUAAAGACGGAGAAUAUAGUCCCCGGGGUCAGAAAGGGGGAAUAGGCGUUGAAGGACCAUGUUUAUGAUUAGGCCGUUACGAUACCCAUGUUACAAUUAGGAACCAUUUGCUUUGGAAGCACCGUGCUAGAUAUUCAAGGAGAAAGAAAAGUACGGAAGAACUGGCUGUAAGCUUGUGAUAAGCUUUCGUCCUUGUAGUUGAGUCUUGUACACGUUUGAGCAACCAGGACAAGUUUGACCC